GCGGCGGGCGGCAUGGCCGGGAUCAUCGCGAGGACGGCGUCCGCGCCGUUGGAUCGCAUCAAGCUUCUGUUUCAAGUCCAGGCGAUGGAGGGCGCGGGAAUGAGCGGCAAGGCGUACACGGGCAUCGGACAAGCGUUCGCGAAGAUCUACAGAGAGGAAGGCGUCCUGGCCUUCUGGAAAGGCAACGGCGUGAACGUGAUCCGCGUCGCGCCGUACGCGGCCGCGCAGCUCUCGUCGAACGACUUCUACAAGAAGAUGUUGACCCCGGAGAACGGCUCGCUCGGGUUGAAAGAGCGCCUCUGCGCGGGCGCGCUCGCGGGGAUGACGGGCACGGCGUUGACGCACCCGCUGGACACUAUUCGACUCCGUUUGGCGCUCCCGAAUCACGGGUACUCUGGAAUCGGGAACGCGUUCACGACGGUCGUGAGAACGGAAGGCGUGCGUGCGUUAUAUAAAGGGCUCGUCCCCACGCUCGCGGGGAUCGCGCCGUACGCGGCGAUCAACUUUGCGUCCUACGACGUCGCGAAGAAGGCGUACUACGGCGCCGACGGAAAGCAAGACCCGAUCAGUAACCUCUUCGUCGGCGGCGCGUCCGGGACGUUCAGCGCGACGGUGUGUUAUCCGCUCGAUACCGUCAGACGGCGGAUGCAGAUGAAAGGGAAGACGUACGACGGGAUGGGCGACGCGCUGAUGACGAUCGCGAGGAAGGAGGGGAUGAAAGGGUUUUUCCGAGGGUGGGCGGCGAACACGCUGAAAGUCGUCCCGCAGAAUUCGAUUCGCUUCGUGUCGUACGAGAUGCUGAAGACGGCGCUC